GCUAGACGAGCGUCUUCAGUCGACCGGCGAACGUUCGAAAGGUAGCUGUGUCGCGGUGCACCCACAUUUACACCACUAUAGUCGCUCCGUACCACGUGUUUGACACAUCAAAUGGAAUAAGACGUCUUGACGGAUUUCUUCAUUUAACGCCGCGAUUUAUUAUUGUCAACAGUAGUGUGCUCGAGGAUCUAUACUGUAUAUUAAAAUAUAUAUUGACUUUUGCGGUUUUAAAUUUUUUUUUUUUUUUUUUAAAUCUAUCGAGGCAAAACAAACUUUUUCCCCGAAGGGAUUGUUCAGCGUUGUUUUUUUCAUUCAUGCGAUUUCGAACAAAAUGACGAAACCGAGUAGCAAAGUCAUUCGGACAGCAGUAAUAUUCGUGUUUACAAUCGUGCAACUGUUGCCGUUGAUUUCGUUUGCGGUCGGCGAUAAUGCUAGCCCGACUAAUGCACCGUCGGGUGCCGAAUUCCUCCACAGUGUCAUUGGCAACAUGCAUCGACCGAAUCGCAAGGUAUUUAACGAACGAAUCGACGUCGAAGAAUACAUACCCGACGAUAUUCCGUACAUGCCACCUUCUGACGAGAUAAAAAUGCUGUCAAAACAACCGUUCCAUUUCAACAAUCAGGCAAACCGUCCUGUCCAGACCGAUGCCAAAAACCAAGUGGAGUUAUUACUUUCGCAAAUAGCACCUCAGUUUUUAAAAAAUGAAUUUGCAGAGUCACAAAAUCGGAUAGUUACUCAAGAAGCUCCACAACAGUUUAACCAGGUUGCCAACAGCCCACAAAAUAUAAUUGACGCUCUUACGAGUGACACGGCGCAAAGACCGCCGGACGGCAUGAUUUCCGGAUAUAAUUAUUUCUUUUAUCCGCUGGACAACAAGGUGCUGCAGCAGAUGCAGAACGGCAAUCAGGUGGCGUCGACGACGGCAGCGUCGGACUCGGAACCGGCGAAGUCUGAAAACCAGGCGGCGGCCAAGCCUCGGGUAGAGCCUCUAUUCGUGGCCAUGGCCGGAUUCGUGGGUGUUGCGGUGGUGUUCCUCAGCGCGCUCAUGUUCAUACCGAUAUUGCCGAUACACGCACUCACCUCCAAGGCGGCGUUGAAACGCGCUCCCGAAGAGCUGGCCUCGCUCACCAAGCUCGUCGCCGAGUCCAUCGACGGCAAAGACUGCAGCGAGAGGAUAGCUUGUGAGGUCGGCAGGGCCAUGCGGUCCAUGCGGGUGGGCAACAAACCCAUCAGAAUGAUGGAAAUAAUACUACCACCGGCGGUUGCAAAACAGCUAGCUCAAAUAAGAAGGUCUGCAUCAAAGAAAGAACAGUGUCAUUUCAUCAUGUGCAAAAAGACUGAGGGUACAUUGCAAUUGGUGGCAAAACUAAAGAAAAGCGAUAACUUUAAAACUAAUCAUAAUAAAACUAUUCACGAUGUUAGAGAGAUUUUUAACAUUUAAGACAGGCCGUUUUUGGAAAUUAAUUUAUUUUAGAUGUUAAGUAAAUUAUUGUAUGAUGUUACGAUUACAAAGAUAAUUAAAUAUUUUAGUUAUGCCAGGGCUGGGCAAGUUACUUUUUUCCACUUAAUUGUUUUAAAAUAGAAAUUAACUCAGUCAAGUUUUUAAUUAAGUAUUCAAGUUAAAAAUUAAUUCAACUAUUUAACAGAUAGGUGCGAUUAAAAACUUAAUUAGGUACUUAAUUCACUAUAAAUUAUAAAAAUUGGAGUAAUUUAUAGUGAAUUUAUUUCAUGAUAUAAGUAAAAAACUAAAAAAAAAAAUUGUGCACACUUAGACAAUCGAAUUUUUAUUCUGCAAAUUUUUCUUAAGUUUAUUGGCUUUUUUUAAGGUUAUUGUGAGAAUCGAUUUUUGACAUUUAAUUAAAAUCAUUUAAAAUAAUAAAUUAAUAUUUUGAGUUUUAUUUCAAUAAAAAAAAAAAAAAAUCAAACAAUUAUUUAAAAAUUGACUUCCACAAUAACCUAGAAAAAUUAUCAAAAUGUCACAUCACAUUUUUUCUUUUUAGACAUGUAUAAACAUAAAAAUUUUUUUAGCUGUUCUUUAUACUUAAUAUUCUAAAUUAUAAUUUUAUCCAAACCAUAAACAGAUAAGUAAAAUAAUUUUUUUAUACAUUAUGGUUAUUUAUAACCAAAUAUGCUUUAAUUGAAGUCUAUUCUUUAGUAGGUAACAUUAUUUUAAUUCAAAAUAUUUAUAAUUUUUUUAAAAAUUCAACAUGCAUAUGAAAAUAAUUGUAAUUGAAAUUAUUGUUGUAAUUUAAUCUGUUUUGUUAUGAAUUUCAUAUAGAAAAAAACUUGUUUCAUUUUGAUAAAAAGUAACUUAUUUAUUAAAAGAGUUGGUACUUCUUAAAAUAAAUAAAUUAAGUAAAUAGAAAAUAUUUUUACUUUAAUUUCAAAGUUGAAUUUGUUAACACCCAGCCUUGAAUAAUGUUGUUGCUUGAGGUGAUUUCAAUUAAUCAUUUUCUAGGGAGUAUUAUAUAGGCAACUUAUUAUGUCAUGACGAUACUAAAUAUUACAAAUAAAUAAAAAUUUCAAAAAAAAUGAAUUUCCUUAUUUAUUUUAUUUUGUUAUGUGCUAGAAAAAAAUAUUUUAGCAGAACUGAUAGGUAUUUAACAUAUAUUAUGUAAAAUAUGAAGAGUAAAUAAAAAUACAUUAAUGAUAUAUUUUAACA